AUGAAAUCAUCUUUGAACGAAGAAAAAGCAUUGUCAACUUUCUCCGAAGACGACAAAAAUCAACUUCUAGCUAUUCUUGACGAUUCCGCACACCAUAAGACGCUAAGAUCCGAGCUGAUGAUGAACGUGAUUCCAACAAAAAUGAACGCAAAUGAAGACCAAAUCCAAGCAGCACUGGUUCAUCACGUGAUGCAACGACUCUCCCGACCAACUCUUCUCCAACGAGAAGGUAUUCAUCUUCUGGGCAGCUUGAAACCAAUCCUCGAUCGAAUCGGUCAAGUUCAACCUGUGCUUGAAAUAUACUCGCAUCCUACAGAAUACGACAAAUACUCAGCGAAUCUGCGUUCGCUCGGGAUCAUUGGAGAUUUUCUCACUGCCAUCGAUCAAAGAAAGACUCUUGUUUGCCCAGUCAAUACCGGAUUGGCAGAUAUGAAGCAUGCCAUGUGCCUCUACGGAUUCGACGAAGAAGAUAGUACAUUCAUCUUCAAGAACAGCUCGUCAGAAAACACAACGAUCAAGGUUCCCCUUUCCUCUUCUCAGCCAAAACUUGGCUACCACAUUUCAUUCGUUCGAAUAGCGAAUUAG